UUUCAUCGCAGGGAAAUUCAACCACUUUCCCCAAUCCAAAUUCAGCUGUGACGAAGAAACAAUCAUGAAUCUACCGAUCUUAUCUUUGAUAACAACAACACUACACAAUCCACAAUUAAAACUUGACUAGUCAUUUCUUGUUAUCUGUAAUGGUGGUCUCGUCCAAAAUUUAUAAUUUAUCUAAACCCGUCCUUUCAAGCCAAAUAUAAAACUCAGUCCUCUACCAAUUUACGUUUAGAUUUGUAAAUAUUUUCGUCUCUGGAAACGUUAACUGUUCUUUUUUUAACGAUGACGAUCUGUUGUCCAGCCGCGCUCGGAGCGUUUGUAACGUAUGCGAUUGCAUCCACAUUUUUCUGGCAUUAUCCACACCUACUUCAUAAAAAGAAACGUGUUGCAUUCACUGCGGCACAUAUUUCACAUCGGGGAGGAUCCGCGGAGGGAUACGAAAACACCAUCCGUGCCUUUAGAAACGCCAUCGACAAAGGGACCGACAUGCUCGAGCUGGACGUCCGUUUGACGAAGGAUGGUCGUGUCGUGGUCUUUCACGACGCUGAUUUGAGCAGAAUGACUGGGAAAAAUGUCAAAAUUUCCGACCUCGAGUACAGUCAACUACCCAUUUUGUGCCCAGCAGUACAUAUUGAUACGAUUCCAGGCACAAAAUUUAGUGACCUCUCCUGGCCGGAGGAUGACCGACGUAUCCCCCUUUUACGUCAAGUCUUCCGUGAGUUUCCGACCGUUCCGAUGAACAUCGACAUUAAGGAUAAUGACGACAAACUUAUCAGAAAAGUAGGAAAGUUGCUAAACGAAUUCCACCGGACAGAGAUAACCGUGUGGGGUAGUUUUAACAAUCGCGUAUGUAAACAGUGUUUCGUCACGAGUCCAGAUACGCAUCUUUUCUUUUCCGCGACCCGAGUCAUCGUUUUGGUACUUUUCGCUGUAACUGGUAUCCUCCCCUUCAUUCCGUUAAGAGAAUCGCACUACGAAGUAUUUCUUCCUCUUGCGAUGAAAAAACGCCGCCUCCAAAAUGGGGGAAAGCUCUCUCUCACGGAAACCGUGAUUCUCUUUUUUUCCUCCCUACUUGUUUGGAAGCCGAUGAUUGCGCAUUUGCAGAGACGCGGAAUUCAAGUCUAUUUAUGGGUUUGCAACAGCGAGGAAGAGUUCGCCGCGUGUAAAUCAGUCAACGCCACGGGAAUUAUGACGGACCGACCGACAAAGUUGAGGGAGUUUUUAGAUAAGAGAGACCCCCCUAAAUAAACUCCAACAUAUAUCAAAUAAAGGGCCAAGAAUGUACAAUCCACUUCUACAAUACAUGUCUAAAUUUAUAAUCAAUGCAAAUUUAUGUUCUCCAAGUUUGUAAGAAAGAAACGCUAAAGAAACUUUGUGAUAUUGAUAAUCCAAUUUCGAAAGUAUUUCGGUAAAGAGAAAACAUGCCAACCUGUUGUGUCACAAAAUAUCGUAGCAUCAAAGUAUUUACAGAGAAAAAUGCAAUAAUAAUGAGUCAAAGUUGAUACAAUUCUAGUAGAAAUUUCCAGUCUAGUCAACAACACUAUACGGUUUUUCAUGGCAAGAAGAUACGCAUUUAUUUUACCUUUUUCAAACGCUAUACACAAUGUUUUAUAUAAGUAAACUGAUAGUGCUAAAUAAAUACGCUUGUAAUUCCAAA